CUUAUAUAAUUCCCAGAAAAUUGAAAGAUCAAUCUACAAGUUUAGCUGUAAUGUACAUAUAGAAAGAAAAUGACGCAAGGGUUAAUGACCAGUUGCCUGACGCACUGCAUCUCCAAUCUAAAGAUCGAGUACACAUUAGUACAUUGUUUCGUGAGUGUCUAAACCAUUUGUUAUCGAUAGAGAAAUAACGCACGAAACUUGUCUCCAUACUCACCUGGUUUACCAUCCAUGUCCAAAAUUUGGAGUAAUUCUGGAAAGUGGCCGAAUAAUCAUAUUCUCUUAGCUUUAAGAUUUAUGUUUGAUCCUGACAAACUUGGCCGAUAGCAGUAAAGAAGAUGAAAGAAGUUAUAAGAAAAAAAAAUUGUUUAAAAAAAAUGAGUUGUUUUUUUUUGCCCUAAAACAAGGUAAAUUUUGAUAGCUUCCAAUCAAGUCAUUUCACGUCAUGGAAACGGAAAUCAGCACAAACACUUCGACGCGGUUGGGAAUAUGCGAAGUUUGUGGGUUUAGGGAUGCCAGAUACGCCUGUCCCAAAUGUGAGGUAAAAACGUGCUCACUAAAAUGUGUAAAAAUCCAUAAGCUCGAGUUAGAAUGCGAUGGAUUUCGCGAUCGUACCAAAUUUGUUCCUUUAAAUAAGUUUACAAAUUUUGAUCUCUCUGGAGAUUAUCGGUUAUUGGAAGAAAUCUCACGAAAUGUGGAAACAGUUAAGAAGAAUUUUCGUCAGAAUUAUUCCUACAGUAACAAAAAUACGAGAUUAUAUGGUUUGCGUAAUGCAGCAAAUCAAAGGCAAACAACUAUCAAAUUUCUCCCUGAUAAAUUUGCAAGGCACCGGGUCAAUAGUUCCCAUGUUCAUUUCAAAUCCAACAUAAUUUAUUGGCAUAUUGAAUGGGUGUUUGUGAAUUCAAAUGUUCAGAAGAUAUAUGAUCAAAAAAUAUCUGAAAAUGAAAAGCUAGGAACUGUUUUGAGUAAGCAUCUUAUUAAACAGGAGGUGCCAGAGCUUCAAGAGAAAUUACAAUAUUAUCAGUCAGCUGGUAUAUCAGGAUUAAAAUUAUUCCUGAAAGCUGAGCAAAAAUCAGGGAAGAAGUUUUAUGAACUUGAUCCCACAAUGACCAUUAAGGAAGGCCUAAGGAAGAAGAUUAUUAUUGAAUAUCCGACAAUUCAUGUUGUUUUUAAAGAUCAUUCUUAUGGUUAUUGUGUUAUUGAUUCUGAUGAUGAAGAAAGUAACAAUGGUAAUGAUGUAGUUAAUAAAAUCAUAAAAAAAUCAGAAAGUGAUGAAAAUCUUUAUAAAUCUUUGAAGAAUUUGUUAUUUAUAUCUGAAUAUUCUGAAGAAGAAAUGUCUGAAUGAAUGUGUGCGCUUGUAUUUGGGAAAUAAUUGUUAUUUUUAUUUCAUAUAGUGGUUAUUUUGAUUUAUUUGGUGUUAUAAAUUUGCAAUUUUAUCAAAAAUUUAUUAAAGAAAAUCCAUUAUUUAAUAUAAUAAUAUAUGUGAUGAAAAUCUUUAUAAAUCUUUGAAUAAUUUAUUGUUUAUACCUGAAUAUUCUGAAGAAGAAAUGUCUGAAUGAGUGAGUGCGCUAAUAUUUGGGAAAUAAUU